AUGACGGCUCGAGAAGCAAGGACAGUCAUCAUCGUGACUGGCUCACACACAAUCACUGCCGGCUACGGUAUUCACGAGAUCCUCAAGCGUCCAUCCAUCUCGCUCACAGCGCGUGUCGGUCUUCCGCGAUCGUCUGCAUCCACAUCUUCAUCGUCAUCACCUCCGGACUACAAACAAUACCUGGUCGGAUCUGCGCUUGAUCAAGCCGAACGAAGAGGCGAUGAUGUUGCCAUCUUCUGGCCGAUGCGUAAGGGCUAUGUGCGUGAUUGGCAGCAGAUGAUUGCGCUGUGGAACUAUGUUCUUUUCCACCUUUUGCCCAUUCGUCGCUCGCACAAUGAUUCGAAUAUCCUCAUCAGCCUGCCACUACCAGUGUCUCGAGCGACACACGCCUAUCUCACCCAGAUCUUCUUUGAACAUUUCAAUUCGGCUGCGAUUACGAUUGCAGAAAAGCCGCUCCUCUCGUGCUACGGCGUGGGCAGCAUGAACGCGUGCGUAGUCGAUCUUGGCUACGAGAGCUGCGACGUGUCUCCUGUCAUCGAAUGUCUGGUACAGUCGAACGCCAACGUCAAGACGGAUGUAGGCACCCGCCAUUGCAUCCUCUAUCUCGCCCACCUGCUGCGUCGUGACCAGAGCUUGGUCAAGGCCAUUCAGACGCUACUUCGAUAUACUCGCAAAGCGUCGUCCCCCGCCGCAUUAUCCCAUGAGAGCGAGCAGGCAGCGUUGAGAAGCGCCAUCUUUUCAUUGGCACAACAGCUGCUGGAAGAAGGUCUGGUGCUGGACGAAGAAGCAUUCAAGAAGGGAGCCGGAGGCAUGAUCUCGGUUGCGGAUGGCCAAGAUGACGAGGGCAAUUUUGACAUUGCGGCAGUGCUUGUAGAAGGCACCAAGAAGCACGAUGACGAGGAGGAGAGGCGCAAAGCAAUCGAAGCAGCUCAAGGCGAAGAGAUUGAUGAGGCCAUCCUCGCUUCCAUCACAGGUGAAGACGGUCAAGCGGGCGGAAGUACGGAUGAGAAGGCGGUGUUGGUGCAUUUCCGCGGUCUCAAGCUCAAGGUGGGUCCCGAACGUUUUCGGUUCCUCGAGCCCCUCUUCCGACCCGAGCUGCUCAAGGAUGUCGCUGGUGCUUCUGACCUAAAUCUUGGCGAUGAACCUUUCGGAGCCGGGCCGAUUGUCACGGACUGGUCGAGCCACGACAGCUACCCAAUGUCGGCAGCCUCACCUGAUUGGGGCCAGGCCAUAUCGCUCCCGCUGGCCAUCGCCAACGCCAUCUCGCGCGUCGAGGAUGCCGACCGUCGACCUCAGCUGUGGGAGAACCUGAUUUUCACAGGCCAACCAGCCAAGAUCAAGACGAUCCAGCUCGAGGCAGUCUCGGCCUUGUCAGAAUUCGUCGCCACCGAACAGACCGAAGCAGCGCAAGUGCUUGCUGAGCCCAAUCCGCUGCAAGCUCGCAAUGUGCGUGCGCUGCGCGUGCCGGACUACUUUUCCGAGUUCAAGGAACGUAACGAUCUGGCGCCUUUCCUCGGUGGCACCAUCUAUGCCAAGCUCGUGUUUGGUGACCCGCAAGCAAAGGCGUUCAUCACUAAGCAGAACUACAAUGAGGCAGGGCCCAACCAGGCUUUCUCGGUCAAGCUCAGUGCUUGA